GGACCAGAGGGCGAAGUCUGAUAGGGUUGGAAAACCCUGGUGGGAGUUAGUCUCGUCCAGUGUCCAGUUCAUUCCGUAGUCAUGGCAUCUUAGUGUCAAGUGUCAAGACAUUUAUUAAUAGGCCCCUACCCGGUACAGUAGUCCAUACUCUCAACAGAAGACUGAACAUCAAAAAAUAUGGUAUUGAAAAAAGUGUCAAAUUUUUCACGGAGGCAGCUCCUCACGCUGAUCGUGUUCAGCAUUGCCGACUUCUGCAACGCUAUAUGUGUCUCGCUUCAAGCGCCCUUCUAUCCGAAGGAGGCUGAAAAAAAAGGUUGCAUUGCAACAGAGUAUGGCUUAGUAUUCGGAAUUUUCGAACUUGUAGUGUUCCUAGUGAGUCCAUAUUAUGGAAAGCAUCUUAAUAGAAUAGGCCCAAAAUGGUUAUUUAACGGAGGAAUAUUCACAACAGGAAUAUGUGCUAUACUGUUCGGGUUUUUGGACAAAGUACAGGGCCAUUAUCCUUUCAUCAUUCUUUCAUUUAUUAUAAGGAUAGUAGAAGCAAUGGGAAAUGCUGCCUUUCUUACUGCAAGUUUUGCUAUAAUAGCCAAGGAAUUUCCAGACAAUGUUGCCACCACUUUUGCAUCUUUGGAAACUUUCUUUGGUCUUGGAUUAAUUGUGGGACCUACUGUAGGAGGAGCCCUAUAUGAGGCUGGAGGAUAUACAACACCAUUUGUAGUUCUUGGUUCAGCAUUAUUUCUAUCCGCUAUUAUGACAUGGUUUGUUCUACCAGAUCACAGUGAUCAUGAAGUUGACUCUACACAUGGAGGCAGUUUGACUCAAGUUCUAAGGAUACCUGGUGUACUUCUUGCAGCUUGUUCUAUCAUUGUCACAUCCAUGAGUAUUGGAUUUUUAUCUGCAACUCUUGAACCACACCUGAGACAGUUCAAUUUGUCACCAAUGGUUCUUGGGGUCAUGUUCGUCAUAAAUGGUGGAACCUAUGCUCUGACUGCUCCAUGCUGGGGAUGGCUUUGUGAUAAGAGAAUGCUUCCAAAGGUUGCAACUUUUAUUGGAUGUAUGUUGCUUAUUGUUGGUUUCAGUUUAAUUGGACCAGCACCAUACAUUCCACUUGAUACUGUUCUAUGGGUGACUGUCCUAGGAUUAAUGACACAUGGUCUUGGAAUUGCAGCUUGUCUUGUUGCUUCAUUCACAGAUGCUCUUCGUACAGCAAUAGCUCAUGGAUUCCCAAAUAAUCUAGAAACUUAUGGUCUCAUAUCAGGACUUUGGACUUCCACGUUUGCAUUAGGAGCAUUUAUUGGCCCUUCAGCAUCAGGAAUUUUGUAUGACACAUGGGGUUUUAACAAAGCCAGCAUGUUUAUAGUAGUUCUUGGUGCUAUACUUGGAGCAAUGGUACUAGUAUUCAUUAGCUUAUCAAGACCCAGGAAGCUGUAUGAAGAAAUCGGAAAGAGUUCAGAAAACGUAAUGACUGGAAAGAAAUAUAACAAAAAUGGUUCAGAUCAAAGUAUUAAAAGUUUGCUACCAUCAACACCGACUCCCAUUGCUUGUGAUAGACCACCUGGAAUGUCUGGAAUUAUCACGUGUAACAGCUUCAAAAAUAGGCAUGGAGACUGGCAUAGAAGAGACACCAGUACUUUGAGAUGCAGUACUAGCUUAAAUUACUAUGAGACUGGACAUUAUAAUUAUGAUUCUGGAAUAUAGUAUUUGAAACCACGAACAUGUUUGUAAUUUUUUGUAUAAAAUCAAUUUUUAAUUUAUUGAUGUCUUAUGACAAGUUAUAAACCUUUUAAUUAUUUAUAUGAGAUUUCAUUUGUUUGGCAUUUAAAUGGUAAAAUUAAAAAUGCUUGCAACAGAAACAACAGCUAUGUUUGAAAUUCAUUACUUACUAAGUAAAUUAUAAUAACAUAAUUAAGUAGGUUUAAUAAACCAUUUGUCAUUAUUUUAUAAAUAAUGUACAAAACUAAUAGUAUUAAAAAUUGUUCUAAUAUUAAAAUAAAUACGAGCAUAUGUAAAUAAUGUCAUUUAAUACCACAGAGCCAUAAAAAUCCUGGCAUUACAUUACUAGUGAUAAUGACAUUGUCUUAAAAAUAGAUUAAUAUGUACAUAGUGUUGUGUGAUCAUAUGAUCCAUUUUAUUUAUUAUCUGACCAAGUUAUUAAUAUUUAUUGAAAAAAAUAUUGACUAUUGGAAAGAAAUAAUAUCUUCUUAUAUUGAUAUUUAUUAAAUGUAAAACAAAUUGUAUUAAAUGCUGAUGUUUUUAUGUAAUAAACUAUUAUAUUUUUUAUAAUAAUAAAAAUCUUUAAUAUUUUAUUUUUUCACACUA